AGGGGUGCCAUGGCCUUCUACUGCCAGGAGGACAGCUAUGCCACCGAGCUCUCCGCAGAGGUUGUCUCCUGCACCCCGGCCCAGCUGCACACUGACAAUGGCGGCGGAAGGAAGGAGACUCUGUCUGGAUACAAUGUCACUCUGACUGACACGGUGCUCUUCCCGGAAGGGGGGGGGCAGCCUGACGACAGAGGAACCAUCGGGGAGACUCCUGUGCUGCGCGUCACUCGCCGGGGCCCCGAGGCCGUCCAUUUCGUCACCUCUCCUCUGGAGCCGGGGGCCCGGGUGCUGGUGAAGGUGGACUGGCAGCGGCGCUUUGACCACAUGCAGCAACACUCGGGUCAGCACCUGAUCACCGCCAUCGCCGACUCCCUCUACGGCUACAAGACGACUUCCUGGGAGCUGAGCCGCGGGGGGAGGAGCACCAUAGAGCUGGACGCGGCGGCGGUGAGCGCUCAGCAGGCCGGCGCCAUCGAGGAAGAAGCCAACCGCCUGAUCCGUCGGCGAGUUCCGGUCACCGUGAGGAUCAUCGGCACCGACGACCCCGAGUUUGAGCAGGUGAGGAGCCGAGGUCUGCCGGACGACCACGCCGGGCCGGUGCGCAUCAUCGACAUGGAGGGCGUGGACGCCAACAUGUGCUGCGGCACUCACGUGGCCAACCUGAGCGACCUCCAGGCGGUGAAGAUCCUGGGGACGGAGAAGGGGAAGAAGAACAAGACCAACCUUCUAUUCAUGGCCGGCGGACGCCUCCUCCAAUACGCCGGCCGCAGCUACGGCGCGCAGCGCUCCCUGACCGCGCUGCUGAAGAGCGGCCCCGAGCAGCACAGCCUCCUGCGCGACCUCGCCGUACUCACCGCCCGCGACUUCAAGACCCGCCCCCAGCGCGACAAACUCUUCUCCCUGCACCGCAAGGAGGGCGACAACGAGUUCAUGAACAUCAUCGCCAAUGAGAUCGGCACGGAGGUCACCGUCCUCUUCCUGACUGUGGGGGACGAGAAGGCCUCGGGGCUCUUCCUGCUGGCCGGACCGCCGACAAUCGUGGACCAUCUGGGGCCCCAAGUGUGCCAGAUCCUGGAUGGCAAAGGGGCGGGAAAGGCGGGCCGAUUCCAGGGCAAAGCCAAUAAGAUGAGUCGGAGGGGAGAGGCGGAGACUCUGCUGAGGGAGGUCGUCUCCGCAAGGGGCGAGGAGUAGAGGCGGUCCCCUGCCUGG